UCCUGUGCCCAGGUCUCCUUCUAAAAUCACGUUUUUUCCACUCUAAACAAAACACUCUGACAAAUAAUAUUAAAAUACGGAAAACUAAAUUAAACAUUUGAUAAUUCGACCUCCUCCUCCCAUCACCCUUCCUCCCUUGUGCUCCACCGUCUCUCCCCGUCACACUUGCCUCACGUCGACGGAGUGGCCGAGUCUCAGGACCAAGAUAAAUAACAACAAAUAAGAGUGAUUCGAAAAAGUGAAUAUCAAAUUAUUGUUUUUCUUUUGUUUGUAUUUUUCAAACAAAGCGCUAUUCAAAAUUGACUAAAACGAGGCUCAAGCUAAUAAACUUUAGUUUGCAGCCUCCAAAAAAUAAAGCGACGUCCGUCUUCGUCUUCAAUCCCCUUCCUUCGUCCUCGCACUGCAAAAUCAUUCUUCGCCGAUCCACUCGCUCUUCUCUCCUCCAUUUUUCUUCCCCCUUGCGCGAGACUCCGUGUGCGUGUGCCUGUGUCCUGUGCCUCUGUGCUACGUGUGCGUGUGUGCCUCACGCUUUUUUUCUCUCACCUGUGCCCGCGUGUGUGUUCGCUUGUCUCGUCGAGCGCGGAUUCCUUUCACGCUGCUUAUUGAUCAAGGAGAUUCGAGUUGCCACAGAGAUUAGCGAGGCCAAGGGGAACAUGAGAAAAUGAGGAAAAAACGGAUGGAGAGCGAGGUGACGCCGCCGGAAGUCCGGAACUCCUCGUCAACGACGAACCCAAAGGAUUCUCCAACUUUCGAUUCUUUCCUCCCGAGAUUAAAAAGCUUCGCAUAAAACUCGGAAAUCCAGGAGCUUCUCCCUCCACGAAUCUAGGACUCGGAAAAUCCACUCGAAAUUUUGCGCCCCGCACCGCCUCAGUGAUUUUCAAAACACAUUCGACUUCCUCCGCUCCAUUUAUGUUGAAAUUCACACUCACGGAUUUAAAACACUCGCAUAUCGCUCGAAAUAUUUAGCAACAGAGCCCGAGCAGAGGGAGCCAUGCCGCCCGGGCGAGCUUCCUGCUACCUCGAGUCCCCCAGGAUCAUCGCGCGAACCUCAACUCCUCCACGUUCUCGCUGGCAAACCCUCCAUCGUCGGCUUUGCUGAAGGUGUGGAACUGUGGAUCGGUGGCUCAAAACUCGGCCCCAGGAGUGGCCCGGGGGCUUACCCUGGGGACCUGAAAACUGUCGAAGAGUUAAGUGGAAAAAAAGUGGGGCUGAAAGCUCCUGUGGCUGCAGAAGGCUGGGGCAGCUAAGGCCUCGGCAGCGUAGCAGCAAAAAUAGGAUCAUCAUCAGGAGGCGAGCGCUAUGAACGCCAGCGUCAACGUCGAGAGGAACUCGUGGCGGUUACCUCCCGACGAGACCGUCCAGGUCGCCGAUCCUCGCUCAAAGUCUGCUCAGGUAAAAGAGGACUUGACGUACGGAGAGGGUGGUCACAACUGGAGAAGCAUAAUAUUUUCGUUGCUGGUGAUCGGUCUCGUUAUCGCUGGCAUCGUCACCGCCAUUUAUCUUCUAGGGUACGUUGAUGAACUUCUUUAUUGGAGCGGUAGACGUUUAACUUUGGACGAGUGCCUUAGCGGUGAUCUUUCACCCCAUCGUUUGCCACCGGCCUGGAUAUCACAUGACAAGUUCGUCUAUCAGGCUGACGACGGUUCUCUCGCUCUGCUCGAUACUUCAAACAAUUCCGUGUCUCUGUUAGUCUCCAAUCACACUCUCAGGCAGCUCAAUGUUCAGGGAUUCCAGUGCAGUGCCGAUUUACGUUACGUACUUUUUAGACACGAUGUCAAACCGGUCUUCCGGCACACUUUUACCGCGCUGUACACGGUCUACGACGUUACUAACGAUCAUCACACACCUAUUCGUCUCCAAGCAUUGCCCAGAGUUCAGCAUACUCGACUUCAGUAUUCCGUAUGGUUGGGCAACACGACAGCCCUCCUCAUGAUAUCGGACAACGAUAUUUACAUGCGGUCAGGCCCGACGUCAUCGGAAGAUAAGAGAUUAACGAAAACGGGUAUCCCCGGUGUAAUUUACAACGGGGUGCCUGAUUGGUUGUAUCAGGAAGAGGUGUUGCCAAGGCCCGAAGCGAUUUGGCCGAGUGCAGACGGUUCGAAGUUGCUAUACGCAAGCUUCAACGAUUCCAAGGUGACGACAUUGGAAUUCCCGUGGUUCGGGAGUCUCGUUGGUCAGGACGGGCCGAGCUCAAGUCCCCUGGGCACAGCCCGGAGGGGCUCGUUUCCGCCAUCUCGAUCAAUUAGGUAUCCCACACCUGGUUCCCCGAAUCCUGAAGUUGAUCUUUGGAUGCUGGAUCUGAAAAAUAAAUCGAACAGCAGCAAGAGCAACGGGACGACGUUCGGGAGGAGACGGCUUAAGCCACCGGCUGUGUUCGAUGGCCAGGAAAUCUAUCUGAUAUCCGCUGGUUGGGUUGGAGAGGACUCGACGAAAGUAGCGGUUGUUUGGAUGACGAGAACGCAGAAUUUGUCAGUCGUGUCGGCCUGCCAGGCACCUUUGUGGGAAUGCGAGGAAACACAUUCCGAGAGAGCCCCCGAGGGGCAAUGGUUAGACGCUCAACCACAUCCCAUUUUCGCACCGGAUGGAGACAGCUUCCUCCUUCUCGCGGCUGUACAGGAGGGUGGACAGGAACAUUUCACUCACAUUAAGCACAUCACGUUAACGCAACAGAGGAUAGCGGUUUUGUCGCAUGGUCGAUACGAGGUCAGUGAGAUUCUCGCCUGGGACACGAAAGCUCAUCUCGUCUACUAUCUCGGCACAAGGGAACGGAGACCUGGUCAGAGGCAUCUGUACGUCGUUCGGGAUCCGACGGCUGAUGAUCCCCGCCGUCUGGAGCCACUGUGCGUAACCUGUGACCUUGGCGAUGUGCUGUGGAGCAGUAGAUUUUACUACACGAAUUGCACCCACUUCGGUGCCUCGGUUAGUCCGCCAAGCCACAAUGCAUCAUCGACCAACGCCAACAUUCAAGGCUAUUACGUGUUACAUUGCGAAGGUCCCGGCCUCCCUUUGGCUGGUGUACACUCAAUGUCCAAUCACAAAAUGGUCAGGGUUCUCUACGACACGAGGAUACAACGGGCCGACAGAUUGUCACAGUUGGCAUUGCCAACGAGACGAAGUUUUGAGGUUCCUUUGCCUCAAGGCUGGAGGGCUCAGGUUCAACUAUUGUUGCCGCCCUCUUGGCGGGAAGAGUUGCGAGACGCUGCGUUUCCGGUACUCGUUGAGGUCAACGGGCGUCCUGGGAGCGAAGCGGUCACCGACAAAUUUCGUAUCGAUUGGGGCACUUACAUGUCGAGUCACAAUGACAUUGUGUAUGUGAGGCUGGACGUUCGAGGGGCACGGGGACAAGGAAAAAGGGCACUUUUUCGAAGAAUCGGAGGCGUCGAAGUGCAAGAUCAAUUGACCGUACUGCGGCAUCUUCUUGAUACUCUUAAGUACCUUGACGAGUCAAGGGUCGGAGUUUGGGGUUGGGGCUAUGGAGGUUAUGUUACGGCGAUGGUUCUUGGCAGUCAGCAGAAUGUAUUCAAAUGUGGAGUUGCUGUUAAUCCGAUUGCCGACUGGUUAUACUACAAUUCUGCUUUCACGGAACGCGUGCUGGGGGCACCAGCUGAGAAUUACAAGGGUUACGUAGAGGCUGAUUUGACUCAACGCGCAAGAUUAGUACCGAGUCACAGCCUCUUUCUUCUACACGGUCUAGCCGACCUCACAGCGCCUUACACGCACGGCAUUGCCUUUGCCAAGGCUCUGUCCGAAGCGGGAGUUAUCUUUAGGUACCAGAGCUACGCGGAUGAAGAUCAUGCCUUGACGGGGGUGAUCGAGCACGCCUACAGUUCCAUGGAGGACUUCCUUGCGGAGUGCCUCACUCUGGACGCCUCCUAGUGCCUCGAUACGAUUUCUCCCUCGUUAUCGAUAACCAGUCUAUUUGAGACAUGCUUCUAAACAGCAUUAUCGUUCUAAUAAUUCACGUGUACACACUAAAAAGUAAAACGAAAGAAAGAUACGACGGGAAAGUUACAAAAAUAAUGAAAAAAAAAGAGAAAAAGAAAAAACGAAACGAAAAAAAUAACAAAAAGUAGCCAACACUUGAACUCACGGAACUCGAGAUCAAUCAUUGAAGAUAGAGACAGAGCCGCAGCGUCGAAACGAGAAACGAUUUUUAUCAGAAAAAUUGAUACGGAAAAAAAAGAAAAUACUAGAGACGAUUUUCCGAAGCUCAUUAUACCCCCACAAGCCCUUUUACGUCCCACGAGAGAAAAUGAACGUAACUUUUAGAAUUGUGUGUGAGCGAUGAAACGUGAAAUAUUGCAUCGAUUGAAUGUGUCCACUCGUGCGAGUAAUAGCCCCUCGAUAAAAUAUAAAAAUUAAAAACACACACACACACACACACACACACGCGCGCGCGCGCGCGAAAACCGAUGAGGAUGUUAACGAAAAUAAAUUAAUAUAAAUAAUACCGAUAAAAUGAACAAAAUCAAUUUAAAUAACAGAAAAAAAAACGAAUAACGAACGUCAACAAACAUUCGUAAGAGCAA